AAAAAAACCAAUUCCCCGAAACCACAGCCGGCGUCCAAAAUCACGCACCAUUCCACGUCCCCAUCAUUAGUCACCGACUCCCCGCUGGCUUACCCCCUUGCAUUUUUCAACUCAUAAAUUUGCAUCUUAUUUUUGACUAGUCAUAUCAUCCCAGAAUCAUCUUCUCGUCUCGUCAAUUCACCGCUGAACCUCGAAAUGGCAACUCCCGGUGUUUUGACGCCCGAGGUCAUCAGCGAAUUCAGGCAGAAGUUUUACGCCGAUACGAGGAACGUGCAGGCGCAGAAUGCCUGCGUCAAGAAUGAUCCCCUCGAGAUAUGCGUGUCCCGAAAGCACCUCGAGGAAACGAAUCAUGUGUUUCAACACAAGGUUGCUGAGGUCAAGCCCAUGACGAAUCAGAAGAACUCUGGGAGAUGUUGGCUGUUUGCUGCUCUCAAUGUCAUGAGGAUCAAGUUCAUGAAACAGUAUAAUCUCGAGGAGUUCGAGUUCAGCCAAGCGUAUCUGUUUUUCUGGGAUAAGAUCGAAAGAAGCAACUUCUUCCUCCACAACAUCGUCUCAAUAGCAAAACGUGGCGAGAAGAUCGAGGAUCGUCUCGCCUCAUUCCUCCUGUUCGACCCAAUGCCAGACGGUGGCCAGUGGGACAUGCUGAUAAACCUGAUAAACCGUUACGGAGUCGUUCCAAAGAGCAGCUUCCCCGAGUCGUGGACGAGCGAGUCGACAUCGAGAAUGAAUUCCCUCCUGAACAGCAAGCUCCGCGAGUUCUCCAGGGUCCUCAAGACCCUGGUGGACAGUGGAGCCUCAGACGAGGAUCUCGAGAGCAAGAUCACCGAGCAGAUGUCAGUGGUAUUUCGCAUCGUUGGCAUAUGCCUCGGUGUCCCCUUGGAAACAAUCACCUGGGAGUACUACGACAAGUCGAAGGUGUACAACUGCAUUGGGCCAGUGACACCAGCAGAUUUUUACAAAAAAUACAUCAAACCGUACUUCAACGUCGACGACAAGGUCUGUCUCGUCACCGAUCCAAGACCAUCGAAUCCCUUUGGCCAUUUGUACCAGGUUGAGUGCCUCGGGAAUUUCGUAGGUGGACGGAGAACACUCUACAAUAAUCAGCCGCCAGAGUUGCUCAUGUCACUGGCUGCUAACAGCAUCAAAACCGGGGAGGCCGUUUGGUUUGGCUGUGAAGUCGCCAAGAGAUUCGCCUCUAAGUCUGGAAUUAUAGAUAUCAAAGCUCAUGAUAUCGCUGCGGUCUUUGGGGUUGACAUACAGUUGGGACUCACCAAGGCUGACAGGCUCAUCUAUGGGGAGUCCGCUAUGACACAUGCUAUGGUGUUUACUGGGGUUUCCACUGAUGCAGAGGGAAAAGUCAAGAAAUUAAGAGUUGAAAAUUCAUGGGGUGAGGAGCGAGGUGACAAAGGAUAUCAAGUACUUAGUGCAGACUGGUUCAAUGAAUUCGUAUUCGAAGUUGUUGUGGACAAGAAAUUCGUGCCAGCCGAUGUUAUGGCUGUAUUCGACCAAGAACCGGUGCUCUUGCCAGCCUGGGACCCCAUGGGAUGCCUAGCUCGCUCAUAAAUUUUUUUAUCAAUCCACAGCUGAUAAGAAUAUUGAUUUUUCAGCAUUUCAUAACAAUUUUAUUAUAUCUAUAUCCAUGUAAGAGGAAUCAGCAUUUCUCACGACUAAAAAUUAUUGAAUAAAGAGGAAUAUCUUUGCAUUGCAAAAAUUA